AUGGCUUUUCUAAUGAAAAAUAUGUUGAGCAACCAAGUGAAAAAAUUGGGACUUGGCGGAGGGGGUGAAGUAAACAAGGAUGAAGCUGCUCCUACUGAUCCAGCUACAGCAGCCAGAAUGACCCGGGAAGAAUAUGAGGAAUAUCAAAAGCAAAUGAUACAGGAGAAAAUGGAGAGAGAGGCAGCUUUUGCACAACAAAAGGCAGAGAGAGCUGUCCUGAGGGUUCAUUUGCCAGAAAAGUACAGACUCCCAAAGAGCGAACUAGAUGAGAAUCAGAUCCAGAUGGCUGGAGACGAUGUGGACUUGCCGGAAGACCUUCAGAAAAUGAUGGCAGAAGAUCAAGUGGAAGAAGAGGACAAGGAUUUUAUUCUCAGACAACUUCAGAACAUCCAGAACAUGGACAUGGACACUAUCAAAGAAAAGGCUCAAGCAACCUUCACUGAUAUUAAGCAGGCAGCUGAACAGAAGUGUUCUAUCAUGUAAAUAGAGACAUUUACAAGAUCUGUAUACAAAUGCUCCAUAGAAAUGGAUAACUAUGGCCUGCUCACUCUCUAUCCCUCCAUGAGGAAAGAUUUUUGCUAUCCCCCCAAAAAAUAAUAAUAUAAAAAAAUAAGGUAAAUGUAUUGACAUGAUGGGGGGGGGAUUCCAAAGCUGCAGGUAGUUAUCCAAGCCUACAGCUGCAGUUGCUAAUACAGUUGCUCACCUGGGACCUCACCAAAAACCCAUCAUGUUGUCAGGUUCAGAAUUACAUGACAAGAUUCACCUGUGAAUGGAAGUGGUUUCAGCUGCUUUGCAGAAUUUAAGAGGAGGGCGGUAGUUCUUACCUGUGAUUAUGAGAGCAUGUUUUCCUAGAUAAGAAACAUUAGAGCUGUGUGGUUUCUAUUCUACACACUGACUUUGCUGUGCAGAAAAGGUACCCAUUAUAUUCCAUGGCAGGAGGUGAGCGAUGUUGUAGAGUAAAGGGAGAAUCCUUUUAAUACAAAGGGACAAACUCCCCACCUUCUCUCACCCUAUAUAUCACAGAUUUUGCAUUACCUUGAAAGCAUAGAAUCCUUCUGUAGGAAAGAAAACAACAGGUUCUUUCAGAAUGUUUGAUCAUUGCCAGUUAUAGACAUAUUAUUUGUUUUAUUGACUCCAAAAGCAAACACAAGACUAUUACAUAAUAGGUGAAGCUUUUCUCAUCUCAUUCCAGGAAAACCUUCACCUGGUAUAUUUGUGCAAGCCCAGAUGCUAUCAAACACACAGGCAAAGGACUAAUUAAAAAAGUGGUGACUUUAGCAGGGCUACUGUAUGAUUCUCACAGCAGUCCAACUUCUGAUUUUCUCCAGUUAUCAAAGGUUCCACUCAUUUCAUUUAUGCUUGCGUUUAUCCAGAAGGCUUGGUCGAAUUAUGCCAACUGUUGGAAUGCAAAAUGGGUGCACUUAAGGGUGAUUCCAGCUUUCCAAGAGUGCUUUUUGAAUGCUAGGCACAUGCACAAGAACAUGGGGUUGUGCAUGUUAACAGGGCCAGCUCCAGGCAUGCGGGAGCCCUUGGGCAUCAGCUUGCCCUGGGCCCCCGGUGUGUGUGUGCGUGCGUGCAUGUAUGCACGUGCGCGUGCCCCCCCACGGCCCACGGCCCCCCUACCUGUCUAGUCUUUACCAUUGCCCUUAAUGAAGAUGGCGGCUGCGGUUUCCCUAAGGGGAGUGAAGCCUCUGCCGCCAUCUUUGUUGAUGGCACACGUGCAUGCUACGCGCACACAUCUCUGCCAUCAACUAAGAUGGCAGCAGCGGCUUCAGUACCUUAGGGAAGUUGCGGC